AUGACAGAUAAGAUAGCCGAAACUGCAAGUACGACACCUGUCGAACAAUCAUCACCGACACCACCACAACCUUCCACAGCAGGUGAAAGAAAAAGCGGAUCGACAAAGCGAUCGCGAACCAAAUCAUCAGGUUCGAAACGGCGCAAGAAGAGAGAAACACUACCGGAAGGAUUCGAUCAGUGGCCGGAAGCUGAUCAAAAAUAUUAUCAGGAUAUUUCGGCUCUUUUGCGCGAUUCCAAAGCAACAAGAAAACAGUGUAGCUUCACAAGACAGAGAAUUGGAGCUUGGAAAUUUCUGAAACUUCGCUGGCUUUACAACCCAACACAUAACACUGAAGUGAAUGCUUAUAAAAAAGCACUGAAGGAAGUGAUACCAUUGGAAAAAACUGCAAAUCUUGAUAUUGAUUUCUAA